AGACGCUAGUAGCUUUCCGUUCAUAGUAGGCUACCACCGCCGGAGCGGCCGAGUACCCAGCGUCUGACUGUAGGCUAAUGAUGUCCUUCCACUGAAUACAACACCGACAGUUUUGACUGCAUUGUCGCGAUUAGCUGUUCCACAUUGGGACUUCUUCUAAACUGAAUCAAAGCUGUCUACUUUUCGAUUCUGUCUUUCUAUUCGCUAGACUUCCUACUCGCUUGGCCACUCAUCUUUCCCGCAGAUCCCCUGCUGCAGUCGACAAAUACAACCGAUUAUUCGCGGAUUGCGUUUACAUCUGGACACGCUCGGGAGAUUUGAGGCCUACUGUUAGCCUAUCUCUACUGUAAAGAAGAAAACGUGUCUACGUGUUUUUGCGACUAUAUAAUGCCGACACAUCUGCGAUUUCGGAGAAGGUCAUUCCUUGGGCUUAUAUUCCUCUUCUCACUGUCCACCACCGCAUUAUACUUCAUCUAUUCAGCGCCUGGUAUCGUAAAUGAGUACCUGUUUAUGGUGCAGGCCACAGGGAUUCACAUCAAGGACAACGUGAAGAAUAUCGGUGUUCAGGUUCUAGAGCAGGUGGUCAGAGGUGGUUACAAUAUCAAUGGGACAGAUUAUGCCUAUGACUUCAACCUGAGUGAGAGUGAUGUGCCGCCCACCACAUACCUCCCCGACAGCUUCACCUAUUUGUCCUCACAGAUCUGCCCAGAGAGACUGCCCUCCAUGAAGGGGAGGCUGGAGGUGAAUAUGAGUGAGAUGGCUCUGGAGGAUGUGGAGAGGGUUCUGUUGAAUUCUGAGCCUAGCAUGACCCUGGGGGGCUACUGGAAGCCCAAGGACUGUGUCCCACGCUGGAAGGUGGCGAUACUGGUCCCAUUCCGAAACCGCCAUGAGCACCUGCCCAUCUUACUCAGACACCUGAUACCAGCACUACAGAGACAGAGGUUACAGUUCGCCUUCUAUGUUGUAGAGCAGGUUGGUAGUGAGCCCUUCAAUAGGGCCAUGUUGUUUAACGUGGGCUUCCGGGAGGCUAUGCGGGACCUGGACUGGGACUGUAUGGUGUUCCACGAUGUAGACCACAUGCUGGAGAACGACAGGAACUACUACGGCUGUGGAGACAUGCCUCGCCACUUCGCUGUCAAACUCAACAAGUACUCCUACAUGCUUCCUUACAAUGAGUUCUUUGGUGGCGUCAGUGGUCUAACAGUGGAACAGUUCACCAAGAUCAAUGGCUUUCCCAAUGCAUUCUGGGGCUGGGGAGGAGAGGACGACGACCUUUGGAACAGGGUGCAGUAUGCUAACUACACGGUCAGUCGGCCGCAUGGAGAGUUGGGCCGUUACAUGUCAAUCCCACACCACCACCGUGGCGAGGUGCAGUUCCUGGGAAGGUACACUCUUCUAAGGCGCUCUAAGGAGAGACAGAGUCUGGAUGGGCUCAACAACCUGCAGUACUCCCCCCUAUUAUCCCGGAGGCCUCUCUACACAAACAUAUCAGUCAGCCUGAGCAGGAAGCUAGCCCCUAUAGCAGACUAUAACUGACCAGGAAGCAGCGGGCCGCACAGCCCUCUGGGGAAAUGAAGUCAUUAUGGACGUCAGCCAUAUCUCACCAGUCACAGCACUCCUUAGGACUUUUUAGUUAAUUUACUUUGAUUCAGUUUUUUUAAGCAAAAGAAGAAGACAUGCAGAACGGUGUUGAUUGAUCAAUCCUCGUGACGUGUAAGGAGAAAGCCGCACUCGUUUUGUGCUGUGGUCCAUCAAUCGUUUCUAUCAUCCGGGCUUCUCCACUCUUCUGUCUCCACCUGCCUUCCACACCAUUUUGGGCCUUUAGCAUUCAUUCUUUCAUUCAUUUGUUCAGUAAGUCAUUAAUUCACUCAUGGAGACGAUGGCAACUGUAACCAUAACAGGAACACGUUCCCUCUAUAGGGCUGUGGUGUGGAGGGGACAGUAGUGUAGUUUGUGUAUGUGGCUGAAGGAGUUAGUUUGUACACACAAAUCUGCUGACACGGUCCCUAGGCUUUGAUUUUAUUUUGACCUUGAAUAUUUGACAUGAAUAUUUUUCAUUGAUUUAUUAAACCUGUGAACAACAGACACGCACAGAGUAGAUCCUCACAGCUGGCUCUGUGUAGGACAUGGAGGGGGAGAGAGGGAGGCUGUGGACAAAGGUAUAACAUUAGCUUGAGACUGACUUGUGUGCAGAGUGGCUGACUGGUCACAGCAAACUGCACAGUAGACACACCUUUAGCUAAAUAAACAUACUAGCCUAGCAAAUUGAAAGUCUUUGACAGUACAGUGUGAGUGAGAGAGGGAUAUCUAUGUAUGUGUGAGUGAGAGAGGGAUAUCUAUGUAUGUGUGAGAGAGAGAGGGAUAGCUAUGUAUGUGUGAGAGAGAG